AUGACGAGCUUGAAGAGAUCCCACGAGGGGGACCCUUUGGCUUCCAGCAUUUCAAGCAAAGUCUACGUUCGCUCAACACGCAGUGCUCAACCGUUUGUCCUGUCGGAGAAGCCUGCGGCUACCAAGGCCUUCCGGCAAGGACACUACCUAGUGCCGGAUACAAACGCACUUCUCAAUGCUAUGGAUCUCUUUGAGCAAAGUUCAGCAUUCUACGAUGUGAUCAUCUUGCAGACGGUCCUGGAGGAGCUUAGAAACAGAUCUCUGCCCUUGUAUAACCGUUUAAUUGGGCUUACCAAAAGCGAAGACAAGCGAUUUUACGUGUUUUUCAACGAUUUCCGGCUAGAGACGUACGUCAAUCGGGAGCUGAAUGAGAGCGUCAACGAUAGAAAUGACCGUGCGGUUCGUCUGGCUGUCAAAUGGUACGGCGAACACCUAUCCCAGACUAAAGCAGGCAAGGUUCCUGCCAUUGUCAUGCUGAGCGAUGACCAAGAGAACCUCAAGAAGGCGCGCAGCCAAGGCCUCAAUGCACUUUCAUUACGGGAUUACGUGGGUAGUCUUGAAGAUGGAGACAAGCUUCUUGAUAUGGUGGCUGAGACCCAGAGUCUGGGCGGCUUUAAGAAGCAGUCGCAAAUGCUUUACCCUGAGUAUUUCAGCCUCUCAAGGAUGAUGACCGGCGUGAAGGCAGGCUUGAUGCAUCAAGGCAUUUUCAACGUCUCGCCGUACAAUUACCUCGAGGGCUCCAUCAAAGUUCCAGCAUUCUCCAAACCCCUACUUAUUCUAGGACGUGAGAGUAUCAACCGUGCUGUUGACGGAGAUGUCGUCGUCGUAGAGAUGCUUCCCCAAGACAAGUGGAAAGCACCGUCUACCAAGAUUAUCGAAGAAGACAAUAUCACCAAGAAUGAGAAUGCUGACACCGAAGACCGAAAUGACUUUGUUUCAGACAAAGAACGAAAAGCACUGCAGGAGGAAGCAAAACGGACACACAAGUCUUCGUCAGAAAGCCAGUUGCAGCCUACUGCCAAGGUGGUCGGUGUAAUCAAACGAAACUGGCGUCAAUAUGUGGGACAUAUCGACCCAUCUUCAGCCAGCAAGUCCGCUUCAUCCCAGGGCCGCAAACAAGACAGCGUUUUUCUCAUUCCCAUGGAUAAGAAGAUACCCAAGAUUCGUUUGCGAACUCGACAAGUAUCUGAACUCCUGGGUAAGCGACUCCUUGUAACUAUCGACGCGUGGGAGCGCGACUCUAGGCACCCAGUUGGUCAUUUUGUCCGCUCACUCGGCGAACUCGAAACCAAGGCCGCCGAGACAGAGGCUCUACUUCUGGAAUGGGAUGUUCAGUAUCGCCCGUUUCCCAAGACUGUCCUGGAUUGUCUCCCCAAAGAAGGCCAUGACUGGAAAGUACCUGCGAGUGUGGAGGACCCGGGCUGGAAGGAUAGAGAAGACCUCCGUGGACUUCUCAUUUGCAGCAUCGACCCUGUAGGCUGCCAGGAUAUCGAUGACGCCUUGCACGCUCGCAAAUUGCCCAACGGAAACUUUGAAGUUGGUGUCCACAUUGCCGACGUGUCACACUUUGUCAAGCCUGCCAACGCCAUGGACACAGAAGCCAGCAUCCGUGGGACAACGGUAUACCUUGUCGACAAGCGUAUCGACAUGCUCCCACCCUUGCUUGGUACGGAUCUCUGCUCGCUGAAACCCUACGUCGAGCGGUACGCCUUCUCCGUCCUCUGGGAACUCAACGACAACGCCGACAUUGUCAACGUGCGCUUCACCAAAUCCGUCAUCAAGUCUCGCGAAGCAUUCAGCUACGAACAAGCCCAGCUCCGCAUCGACGACACCUCCCAGCAAGACGAACUCACCAACGGGAUGCGCAUGCUCCUCGCGCUCUCCAAAAAGCUCAAGAAGAAGCGCAUGGACGCCGGCGCCCUAAGUCUCUCCUCGCCAGAGGUCAAGGUCCAGAUGGAGUCAGAAACCUCUGACCCCAUCGACGUCAAGACCAAGGAGCUCCUCGACACCAACUCCCUCGUCGAGGAGUUCAUGCUGUUCGCCAACGUUAGCGUCGCCGCAAAAAUCUACGACGCAUUCCCGCAAACCGCCAUCCUUCGUCGCCACGCACCACCCCCCAAGACCAACUUUGACGAGCUCGCCGACCAGCUACGCGUCAAGCGAGGUUUCGAACUCCGCACAGAUACAUCCAAAGCCCUCGCCGACUCCCUCGACGCCUGCGUCGACAAGUCGGAUCCCUUCUUCAACACGCUGGUCCGCAUCAUGGCCACCCGCUGCAUGAUGUCCGCCGAGUACUUCUGCUCCGGCACCCAAGCAUAUCCCGAAUUCCGGCACUACGGACUCGCCUCGGAGAUCUACACGCACUUCACAUCCCCCAUCCGCCGAUACGCGGACCUCCUCGCCCACAGACAGCUCGCCGCCGCCAUCGGCUACGAGGCUGUGCACCCGUCCGUCCGCAGCAGGGGCCGCCUGGAGGCCGUCUGCAAGAACAUCAAUGUCCGCCAUAGAAACGCCCAAAUGGCCGGGCGUGCAAGCACAGCAUACUACGUGGGGCAGGCGCUCAAGGGCAACGUCGCAGAGGAAGAUGCCUUUGUCAUGAAGAUUUUCAGCAACGGCUUCGUGGUGCUGGUGCCGAGGUUUGGAAUCGAGGGUUUGAUCAGGUUGCGGGAUCUGGCCGAGCCCGAGCCCGAGAGCGAGUUUGACGCCGAGACGUAUACGCUCGUGACGAGGGGCAGCAGGGACCUGAAGGUUGAGCUGUUCCAGAGGGUCAAGGUGAAGGUCAUGGACGAGAAGGACGAGAGGACGGGCAAGAGGGGCGUCAAGAUGGUGUUGGUUACUGCGUAA